UCCCAGCCCACACACGGACCCCCAGUUUGGAGCUCUCCACCUCGCCCGAGCUCUACCGUGGCCAUGGGUCAGUCGCUGAUUCUGAGCAUCCUUGUCCUAGUUCUGGCCUUCUGCAUCCCCCAGACCCAAGGCAGUGAUGGAGGAGCACAGGACUGUUGCCUCAAGUACAGCCUAAGGAAGAUUCCCACCCACGUUGUCCGCAGCUACCGGAAGCAGGAACCAAGCCUGGGUUGCCCCUUCCCAGCUAUCCUGUUCUCACCUCGGAAACGCUCUCAGCCAGAGCUAUGUGCAGACCCUAAAAAGGCCUGGGUGCAGCAGCUGAUGCAGCGUCUGGACAAGCCAGCAGCCCCAUGGAAACCAGCCCAGGACUGUAAGAAGGACAAGAGGGCCACCAAGUCUGGCAAGAAGGGAAAGAGCUCCAAAGGCUGUAAGAGGACUGAGACCCCAAAAGGGCCAUAGCCCAGUGACGAGCCCGGAGCCCAGGAGGUCCCCACCAGUCUCAUCAGGGCUUGGAGCCCCAGCCCAAGGGACAAGAGGUGGGCUAGGAGAGAAGGAGGACUCAGGGGGCCCAGAGCAGCCACCCCAUGCUGGCCUCCCCUCACCCCUUCUCCAGCUUCAACCACCCCUUCUGUAUACCCACCCUACCCUGCACGGCUGAGCUGCCCACAUCAGGCCAGGCCUAGAGAGGCAGAGAAGGGAA